AUGCAUGUAGAAUUUAAAGUUAGUCAAAUAUCAAAUAUAUGUGCAUUUAAUGCGGAGCAAUUUUAUUCUGUGAGGGAUCUGGUGCUUCGCAAUGCUAGCACAGAGUCUGAAGGCGCACAAAGAAAUAUGCCUUACUCUCGUAUUGCCAAGAGAGCGGCUAAUCAAACGGGCAAUGCAACCCUGCCGCCAUCAUUAUCUAAUUUCGAACAAACUGCGAGUCGUUUAUAUUCGAGCAAAAGCAAGCUUGCCAUGGAGCAGACAAUGCAUUCUAACCCUCGCCUACGCGUCCAAUUUAUUUUGGAACGAAUUGUUAAACUUGAAACUACUGAUUUAGUCGCGAAAUCGGAACGAAUAGGACGGGAAAACAAACAAAAAUUGAACUCGGGCGAUAGUGAAGUUAGGAUAAUGCGGUACAAAGUUUCUCCCAAUGAAGCUAUUUUAGCAUCCUUUCCUUCCUCUACAGCGGACUGCGUCGUGAAGAUUCGGCUCAUCCAGCUUCCGCCAUUGCCUAUCACUUCUUCCACUAAGAAAACUCCGCUGGUUGAGAUUGAUACAUCGCCCAAUAGUAAACUAUCGAGUAAAGAUUCUUUAUGUAUUGGGGUCGCCAAAAUUACGCUUCGCGAGCUUAUUAUGAUUCGUAGCGGUGUGCGUAUGGUGUUACAACCCAAACAGAGUAUUGCUAGAGCUGUGGGGGAGCUUACUCAGAGCGCGGGAGCUACUAAUAGGAUCCUAGGCAAAGACGUUGGGGGAAGCGCCUCCUUAACCUUUCAAGUUUUAUCCUAUUCCUUUGGUAAUGUGUCACACCCUGUCUUGCUUUUGUAUCAUGAAUCCAAACUGAAACCUUAUCCGAAUGAUGAUGUCGAUACCGCCAGUAGCAACACUUACAGUGAACGCUUUAGGGGAGCCUCUAAUUUCCCCGUAUAUGGUCUGUUGAAUCCCUUUGAUGCACCGCGCAGGACUGCUAGCUCAGAUGGGUUUCAGACAAAUUCGGGAGUACCUCGAAGUGUGGACUCAUCCACGUCGUCUUGUGAAAGUCAACAUGCGGUAAAUGAUCUGCAUCUGGAUUCACCGGCAAUUCGAUUUGUUCUAAUUCCAUACGUUGCGCUGGCGAUCCUUUUCCUUCGUCUUCAUGACGUCAUUUUAUGGCGAAAACCACUGGAGACGUUCAAUACGGUUGCGUUGUUAAUUUUUGCGAUAUAUGUGAAUAUGCUGAAUGUGGCCUCGGUGCUCAUAUGUUUUGCAUAUUUAAUUAUAUUUAUGAAAACGAUGGGAAAACUUUACCAUAUACCCAUUGUUGAUUUGAACUCAGGGUCUCUCGUGUCGGAGCCAUUUUUGAAGGGGACCUCUCGGAACGUCUUGUAUAGUCGUCGGUACACUUUUCUUAAUGCUCUGGUUCGGGCAAAGCUGUUUUUUUGUCAGGGCCUCCAAGAAGAUAGCUUCUAUGAGUUGGCGCUCGCUUUUCAUAUUAUUCGCAAUUAUAAACUCAACUUCGUUGUUAAGGUUGCACUGCUUUGCGUAGGUAUGUGCUUUGUUCCAGCGGAACUGUUUACGUCGAUGGUUAUUUUUGGUGUGUUUUUUUUGUAUCCAAUUUCUUUUCGGCUUCCUACAAUACGUAAUUCGAAGAAAAAGCAAUCGAAGACCCCAUUACGCUUCAGCGACUUGCUGAAUGCGUACCGCGUCAACCAACCCAUGUAUAUUUCAAGGGUCGUAAAGGUCAUUGUUGUUUCGCCGAGGCCAGAUAAUAAUUUAGAAGCGCUGAAAAUGGAUACCUUUACCACGCGAACGUCGAGGCCUUCGUCACAAAAAGCUGGGAAUAACGAAGGCAAAUCUUACGUCCAACACCUAUCGAACCUACGUCCUCAGCGGGCUGAUUCGCUCGUCACCGAUUACAUGAAUGCGGAUGCAGUGGAAAGGCAGCAGCAAAUUAAUGUCAUGCGACUAUCAUUUGCUCUCAUAGUCAUCACCGAUAAUGAUCCAGCGUCGAAUAUAAUCUUCCUUAAAUUACUCGCACACUUUAGAAAUUUGCACCAUUUGAAAGUCAAGCCUAACGAUGACUCUACAGGUAAUGCGGAAGGUGCUGAAACAGGUACUCUCGCUAAUGAUUCAAACAGUUCGCCACCUAUCAACAUGGAAGGAGCCUUUGGAAACUUUUUUGUCCAAACAGUAAACUUGUUGAAUUACAUCAAAAGGAAUGCUUUGCUUCAAACGUACGUUUCCCCGUCUUGUGCACUCCAUACAGGCAAUCUUAUACCCUUAGAGCUUCUUGCUCAUCCUUUGUGGCUCGUUGAGGAAGGCAAGGAUGAUGGAAUUACCGCUACAAUUAAAGCCAUGUCGAAGCGUGACUCUAUAAAGGUUGGUAAAAUUGGUUCCCACGAAGGAAUUGACAAUGAUGCUCGAUCUAUGGCAUUACUUGCGGCUUACCUGCUGCAGGGCUUUAGUCUUUCUGUUUACUCUCAGGGAGAACAUAACGCUGCUUGUGCUAUUAUUUUUCCGCUGAAGCCAAGCUUGAAUGGAUUCCAGGCUGCGCCAAGACCUAAUCCAUGCCCCCCUCAUCUUUUACAAGCUCUGGAGGAGAUUUGGCUUGGGGGGAAGCAUUUCAAAGUCCAAAAGGGCAUCCCGAUUGGAAUAGAUCUUGUAUUAAAAAUCAUCUGCACGUACAAGGACAGACGCACUGGGCGUAUGCAAAGCUUUGAUUCUUCUGGAGUCGCUGAGCAAAGCAGCUUAAUCUCCCAACCGUCGUUGCUCCAUAAUUUUACAUCUAGGAAAGCUCCUUCAUUCAAACAUAAUCGCGCGGCAUCGAACCUUCCACCUACAGCUGUUGGUGUCUCUUCGUAUGGCAGUUUACCGCUUUAUUCAAAUAAUCAAAAAAAUGUCGAUCAAGAAGUAAACUUGAAGCCGAAUGCUUUGUCGGCAAUCCUUACAUCACAGUCAGAUGGUAAUCCCGAACCCACUACCAAGGAAACACGUAAAAGGUUACAAUCAGAAAAAGGGGUCUAA